GGCGCUGUCGGGAGCGGCGCGGAGCGGCCGGCAGCGAUGGGCACCUCGCUCGGCGCCGUCACGGAGCCGGCCGGCCCCAGGGCAUCCAGCGGCCGCUUCUGGGCUGUCGCCCUGGGAGCAGCGGCGGGGCUUUUCCUCCUCGGGUUCCUCAUCGGCUGGUUUGCAACACCUACAGAAAAGAAGACAUCUGUGAGUCCUCCUGAGGACAUGAAGGCGGCAUUUAUGGCUGAAAUGAAAGCUGAAAACAUCAAAGAGUUUCUCUACAAUUUUACACAGCUUCCUCACCUAGCAGGAACAAAGGAGAAUCUACAUCUGGCAGAGCAAGUCCAAGCUGAGUGGAAGGAGUUUGGUUUGGAUUCUGUUCAGCUGGUUCAUUAUGAUGUCUUGCUUUCUUACCCUGAUGACACUAAGCCCAACUACAUCUCAAUAAUUGAUGAGCAUGGAAAUGAGAUUUUUAACACAUCCUUAUCUGAGCCUCCUCCUCCAGGAUAUGAGACUGUUAGAGAUGUGGUGCCACCCUACAGUGCGUUUUCAGCCCAAGGAAUGCCUGAGGGUGAGUUGGUGUAUGUGAAUUAUGGUCGCACCGAGGACUUCUUUAAACUAGAACGUGAAAUGGGAAUUAACUGUACAGGAAAGAUUGUUAUUGCCAGAUAUGGGAAGAUCUUCAGAGGAAAUAAGGUGAAGAAUGCUGAAUUGGCAGGUGCCAAGGGAAUUAUUCUGUACUCUGACCCUGCUGACUACUGUGCCCCAGGAACAGAUCCCUAUCCAAAUGGCUGGAACCUUCCAGGUGGAGGAGCCCAGCGUGGAAAUGUAUUAAACCUAAAUGGGGCAGGGGAUCCCCUGACACCAGGUUACCCUGCAAAAGAAUACACCUACCGAUUAGACAAAGCCAGUGGUGUAGGUCUCCCAAAAAUUCCAGUUCAUCCCAUUGGCUAUCAUGAUGCUGAGUCAUUGCUGCGCAAUAUGGGAGGAUAUGCACCACCUCAUACUAGCUGGAAAGGAAAUUUGAAUGUAUCUUACAACGUUGGUCCUGGUUUCACAACAAAUUAUUCCACAAGAAAGGUGAAAAUGCACAUUCAUAGCAACAAUGAAAAAAGAAGGAUUUACAAUGUGAUUGGUACCAUCAGAGGCACAGUGGAACCAGACAGAUAUGUCAUCCUGGGAGGCCACCGUGACUCAUGGGUAUUUGGUGGUAUUGAUCCUCAGAGUGGGGCGGCUGUGGUUCAUGAGAUUGUGAGGAGCUUUGGUAAACUGAAAAGGAAAGGGUGGAGGCCAAGGAGAACAGUGAUAUUUGCAAGCUGGGAUGCAGAGGAAUUUGGUUUGUUAGGAUCGACAGAGUGGGCUGAGGAAAAUGUCAAAGUAUUGCAAGCACGGGGAGUGGCUUAUAUCAAUGCAGAUUCCUCCAUCGAAGGAAACUACACACUACGAGUGGAUUGCACACCACUAAUGUACAGGCUGGUGUACAGUCUGACUAAAGAGAUACCAAGUCCUGAUGAGGGGUUUGAAGGAAAAUCUCUUUAUGAGAGCUGGUAUAAAAAAAAUCCAUCAACAGAAUAUAAAGAGGUCCCCAGAAUAAAUAAAUUGGGUUCUGGCAAUGACUUUGAAGUCUUUUUUCAACGUCUUGGCAUUGCUUCAGGCAGAGCACGUUACAGUAAAAACUGGAAUGUAGAAAAAUAUAGCGGCUAUCCAGUUUACCACACUGUCUAUGAAACCUAUGAAAUUGUGGAGAGGUUUUAUGAUCCCACUUUCAAGAAUCAUCUGACAAUAGCUCAGGUACGGGGAGGGCUGGUGUUUGAAUUGGCCAACUCCGUUGUGCUUCCUUUCGACUGUAGAGAUUAUGCAUCAGCUGUGAGCAACUAUGCUCACAUCAUCUAUAAUUUGUCAAGGAAUCAUGAAGAGGACCUGGCAACAUACAGUGUUUCCUUUGAUGCUCUCUUUUCAGCUGUGAAGAAUUUUACAGAAGUUGCUGCUAGCUUUCAUGAGAGACUGCAACAAAUAGAUACCAAUAACCUACUUGCUGUCAGAUCACUAAAUGAUCAGCUCAUGUUGCUAGAAAGGGCUUUCAUCGAUCCUCUUGGAUUACCUGGCAGGCCAUUCUAUAGACAUGUCAUCUUUGCUCCAAGCAGCCAUAACAAGUAUGCAGGAGAAUCAUUCCCAGGGAUCUAUGAUGCCAUGUUUGACAUCAAAAACAAAGCAGAUCAACGUGAAGCCUGGGAAGAAGUUAAGAGGCAGAUUUCCAUUGCAGCCUUCACUGUGCAGGCAGCAGCAGAAACACUGAAAGAAGUAGCUUGAAUAUCAACAACAUAAUCAUCAAUGAAGACUACAUAUGACAGUUUGCAGAAGCCUUAAAAAUGGAGCAUUUAAAAACACUAGGAGGAUUAUUACAAAGAACACCAGAAAAAAAUGGUGUUCUUUGCAUCCCACUUGGGCAUGUUAUUUGCAUUUACCAGUGUUAACAAGGUAAUCUACUCUAUUCAGAGAGCUCAGUCUUUUGGUAUCUUCUGAAGUGAGAGUGAAAAAAUCUCAUGUUUUCUGUCAGCUUCAUACUUUAAGAAUUGCUAAUCACUGGAUUUAUUUUCAGAGCUUUGAAUUUUGCUAGCUUGAUUAUUACAAGAGUCUUCAUUGUGCAUCAGGAAACCAGAAGUCAUUUCCUGUUUCUAUCAGUUUCUAAUUUUGUUGUUGACUUUUUAUUACUUACCUUGGAGUUGAAUAAUUAUACUCCAAGAUAGCCCUUUCAGCUCUCCUUUUACACAAAGAUUCAUGUAUGAAGAUGGGAAAACUGUCACAUACCGUGUGCAGGAUAUAUAAUGAUCAUAACAAGUUUUGGGCAGACAGCCCAGAAUACUCAUCCAUGACGUUCUUCACUUCACAUGCUGAGUCUUGCAGCUGUUUACAAAUAAAAUUAAGCAAGAAGCCUUCUAGUCACCAGUGUAAAAACAAGGCAAUACAUCUUGUCAGAUGUAUAAUCAUCUCACAAAACAUGUCUUUUGAGAUUAAGACCUUCUUUUAUCCUUUUAUCCAAUAUCUACCCCUGCUAUGCCUCUUCCAUAUCAAGGUAUUUUUAAUAUUAAGACAAUCAGAAGCAAAUAAAAUUCAUCAUGUACUUAGUUUGAAUGGAUUCCAAAUUAUUACCAUCUCUGUAUAGUCUGUUUUUCUGAUUUUGGUGUGCAGCUCACACUUAGGACAGACUGCUCAAAAGACUACUAUCUACUUUAUCACUGCUGGCCACUCCUCUGCUCCUUUUGGCAGUGGAGAAUUCAUGAUGACAGUCUAUAAGACACCUCUCACAAAAUUAUCCAGGAUAGUUUAGAUCAUCAGUUAGGUUAACCUAGAGGAUUUUGUCUGCAGCAAUCAAGGGAAUGAUAACACAAAUCCACCAUGUAGAGGGGAGCAGCAAUAAACAGCUUCUGUUGACCAGGUGGAUACAAAAAGAGUAUUCUUCUGUUGCUAAGGAAGAUGAACUGAAACACCAUGUUCCAAAAUUGUGGAUAUCUUUCCCUAUAUGAAUUGUAAGCUUUCUCAGCAACUUUUUCUCUCAGUCCAGAAGACAUACUUUUUAAAUCUCUGGCAGAUAAUAUACAAUGUCAGGGCCCAGAACCUCACAAAAUACGGAGAUAGUUAACACUCUUAAACUACAGCAACAUCCAUUCUAAAAAAAAUACGUGUCCCCUAACCACUGCAGAAAAUAGGAUAUAAGAACAGAAGUUCUCUCCUAUUGACUCUGUUCCCCUGCACACAAAAACGUCAAGGCUAACUAGUCCAAAGAGAAUAAGUGCCCAUUAGGCUGGUUGUAGCAUGAUGGUUUACAUGAUGUUUUGGUAAGGUGGGAUUCAAAUUGUCCAGUGCCUUUGCCCACAUCUGGGUCUGCUUUGUGACCCAUCUUUGCUCAGUGCAAACCACAACCUGUAGUAGUGGAAUUUGUAAAGUAAAUGGAGCUUUGCUUAAUUUUUUAAGAGAAGAAUAUCUUUAGAAGGACUCACUCCAGCUCUUUCCCCAAGCUCUAACCCAGUCUCCUAUCAAAAUGAUCUUAGGUCAAAGCCCCCAUGCUCUGUGCUGUCAGUGGGAGUCUUUCCCCACUCACUGGUCAGCAUGAAGCUUUUCUGAUCUCAAUUUUGAGAUGCCUAACACUUGGUGCUGACAGCCACAGUGAUUCUUACCUGUAGCUUAUCCAGCAUCAUCUUGGAUGUUCCUAGCCCCACUACAUAAACCCACCCCAAUUCACAAAUUUGUCAAGAUAAACCAGCACUUGUUCUGUUUUUCCUUGGUAUACUGAGCUGCGACUUGUGUCUGUUCAACAGCUUCUUCAAGAGCUGCUAAGACAUCUUUGCAUCUUUAUCUGGGGCUUGCUGAGAAAGGGGAAAAUAGACAGCGGGUGGUGUGCAGGAUAGGUAUUCCAUGGUAAGCUGUCUGUGCUAAUAAGUGUCUACCUCAGGCUCCUUCGUUUCUGUGAGGAAGGAAGCACAAGUGUCUAGUCCAGCAAGCCCCAAGCUAGAUGUGGCCACACCUAGCAUUUAGACACAUUAUGGCCCAUUCUAAAGUUCUUGAUUAGUUUUUAAAUUUAAAAUAAAAUGCUUUUUAGUCUUCAAGAACUUCUAUUGAAAUCCUGCUAAGAAUGUUCUUCUUCCUAAAUCAUUUCUUACUGUCAGUCUUCUAUGGAGUCUAGAUAGAGCCACUGUAGCCUUCAGCUCCUCAGAGACUAUUCCCGGCAGAAGUGGCUGGUGUCAUUACUGGACAGCAAAGGACAAAGCCUAUGUAGCAAAUUACUGAAGCUACAUGAUUUGCAGUCGGGUGUCUGAGCUGUAUGUCAAAAUAUAUGCAGGGAUGCAUAUGCAACUGUCCAUUUCCUAUAUGUGUCACUAGGAUUAUGAGUUUUAAACAAACAAACAAAAAAAAGACAAACAAACAGAAUUGUGUAUGCCCUGAGAAAUGUCAUUUCACAUGACUCAUUUACAAGGAUAAAAAGAAGUAAGGGUCACAUUUCACAUUUAUGAACAAAAUCAGGCCAGCUGACAUGCCAACAAAUGAAGAACUCUAGUUCCUACCAGAUAAACGGGGAACAAUGGUGAAAUUAAUAAUAUGCAUUAAAAGCACUGUCUGUUAAUAUGUUCUUGCAAACAUCGUAGCUGCACUGGGAAAUGUUUCCAGUCAGUUGAUUUUUAGAGCUCAAAAACUGUCUGAACCAGUCACGUGUACAAGGAGGUGUAUGCUAUGAAGCAGUCUGAUAAGGAAAGGCAGACAAUGAGAAGCCAGAUACAGGAAUAACUACUUUUGAAGUAUCUGUAUUUUUUGUUAGAUCUGCCAGUGUAUCUCAGAGGCAUAGCUAUUAGCUAACUCAAGCCCUGAGUGUGAAAUCCUUUCUAUACAAGAAGUCAAGAUAAGGUUUGUGUGCUAAUUCUCUUUCAGUGAAGUAGAAUUUAGGUCUUUUUUUUUCUAGACUUCUAUAGUGAGUUGAAAUUCACUCUUAACACUGCCAAGUGCUGUUGACCAGAUUAACUGGUUUGGCUCUCAAGCUCUGAUACUAUUUCAUAGUAAUUGUCCAAAAAAUGCUGUUGAAUUAGGUAAAAAAAAACCCAACAAAAAAAAACCCCAGUUGUUAACAAGAACAAAACCCAAAAUCAACUAAGUAUGUUGAAUUUACAGCUUCUUGAUCAUCUAACCUGAGACAGUUGUUCAUGUAACUACAGAUGUUUUCAGCUAGAGAUGGCCAUUAGCAGAGUUCUUUACUAUAAUCAACUUUUGGUUCUUUUAUGUUCUAAAUAUGCUGUAAUUUAUACUUGGAAGAACUAAGAUCCUAAUACCUGACAGCUCCUUGCAAACACUCAUUUGACUUUUACAGUUAUUGCAGACAAACUCAUGGAGUCAUUAUUUAUAUACAGCACCAGAUCACUUAAUUACAAGGCAAGAGCUGUAGAAGUAUUUAGCAAGCAGAGGGAGGAACCUAGCUGGUACUGUGGCAUCCUUUCUAAUUUGAGAAAUUACAUGAAAACCUCUGGAAGUGGAAUGAAAAUUGUAUUUUUUUGAAGAAAGUACUUCCUAUCAUAUGAUCACAAAUUGGAUGCUCUCAGAAUUUUCCAAAGAACUUCAUACAAUGACCAUCCUAUGCUCUAAGAGUCUAAAUCAAAUUAAAUUAAACCAUACCUGUGUGUGGAAGCCAGCAAUGACAGUGUUAAUUUGGCUGGAAAGUCUGUUGACCUGGGAGCAUAAUUUCUAAAUUAAGAUGCUGUUGACACAGAUCUUACUUCAAGUGUUAGUUUAGAUGACACAGAGCAAUCCCUGGUAGUCAAGAUCUCUGAGAUGGGACCUGUGCUCAUCUCUGCUUGUAUGAUCAGUUUGAAAUGUGCUGCUGGACUACAGACAAUACCGUAGUGGAGCAGAGCAGCCAACUCUCACAGCUGGAGUCAGAUUAAAUUAUAUUCUUUCACUUGAUGGACAGCAGCUCCCCAGAGCCAAAGAUUGGAAUGAAUGGAAGAAUAUCACACAAUUAUAGGAUCAUAGGGUUGGAAGAGAACUCAGGAGGUCUCUAGUGCAAACUCCUGCUCAAAGCAGGGUGAGCUCCAAGGUCAAACCAGGUUACACAGAGUUUUAUCCAGUCUAGUCUUGAAAAUCUCCAAGGAUGGAGAUCGCAUAACCUCUCUGUGCAACAUAUUCCAGUGCUUCACUGCCCUCAUGAUGGAAAAGCUUUUCCUUAUAUCCAGAGAGAACCACUUGUUGUUUCAGUUUAUGACUGUUGUUUCUCAUCCUCCUGUCAUGCACCACUGAAGAGUCUGGCUCUGUAUUCUUGAGAAAGUUCUUGUACAUGCUAAAAGAUAUCAUUUGGUUUAUGCACAGUCCUUUACUCUCUGCUUCACUGGGUACAUUCCUGUUGUAGAAGAAAGGGUCAAAGUUUGCAAGCUGAACUUGUCAGCUGCCAGCAAUGUAAACUUUAUUUUAGCUGGAAUCUGAUAAUAGACUUCAGAAGUUCAAGAUAACAGAGACUGCAACUCAGUGCAUCAAAAUCUACUACCCUUUUAAUCUGGUAGUCAGAUGGACUGCAGAGGCCGUGAGAGAGUUCUGGGGGACUGUGUAACUGGCAGAGUCAGAAGGAAACUACUGAUUUGAGAUUGCAGUUGAGCAUUCCCCUGUUGCCAUUUUUCCUGCAAGAGCUGCCUUUCCCACAAACCAGGGCCCUUUGAUCUCUCAAGACACAAGUUCAACCUUUAGUCGGACAAUAGGUCAAGCAGCACAACAUUAGCGUAUCUUUCUUGCUGCAGAUAUUAACCUUUGGGGCCCUGUUGCUGAGCAGAUACAAUAUAAAAUAUACAAACCCUGACAUUAAUUCUGUGUAUUAUGUAUUUUUCUGUACUGUUGCUGGUUUCGCUAAUUGGCUGCAUAGCAUAAUUAUCUAUUCAACAAACAAUUGUGUACUGUUUUUGCAUUUGGCAUGUGUAUCUUUGCCAUUUUUGGAGCUUUUCUAGUUUACCAGCAUAUUUUUAAUUUUUUUUUUUUUUUUUUUAAACUAAGUAGAAUAUAUGUAGCUAUCUGCAAGUUCUAGCUUCAUCUAAACCUCACUUUUGUUCUUGCUCUCAACGUGCAAUUCUCACCACUCCUGAGCUCAAUAUGAGGCCUGUGCAGUAACUGACAGUUUUCUUGCUAGUUUUAAAAGUGCUAUUAAUUUGAAGAGGUACUCUGUAUUCAGGAGCUUGUCUGUGUUUUGGACCUUUUUUUGGUUUUGUCACCUGGUUUGAGAA